AUGGUGAGGCUUUUAGGGUUUGCUCGUGGUUAUGCAGAUGAACCCCGGGAGAUUGAGUCAAAGUCAAACCUGACCAGUGACUCUAGUGAAAAUGGAUGGCUUAUUAGAUUCUUUGAUUCUUCAUUUUUCUGUGAAUGGAUUGCGGUUAGCUAUUUGUACAAGCAUGAUCAUGCUGGAGUGCGUGAUUAUCUUUGUAAUAGAAUGUAUACUCUUCCCUUGCAAGGGCUUGAGAGUUAUUUGUUUCAAAUAUGUUACAUGAUGAUACACAAGCCUAGUCCAUCGUUGGAUAAGUUUGUGAUAGAUAUGUGCUCAAAGUCGCUUAAGAUUGCUUUGAAGGUGCAUUGGUUCUUAAUGGCAGAGUUGGAGGACAAUGAUGAUAAUGAUGGGAUUAGUAAUAUUCAGGAGAAGUGUCAGACUGCAGCCACCUUGAUGGGUGAGUGGCCGCCUCUGAUACGACCUCAGACUGAACCUCCGAGUCCUGGAGGUAAAAGCCAAGUUUUGAAUAGGUUACUUUCGUCUAAAAAUCGUUUGUUGUCAUUAACAACCUCACCGCCCAAGUCUUUGUCAUUUUCAUCUUCACCGGCAAAUAAUUUGCAAGAGGAUGGUAAUCUGCUGUCUCCUGAGGAGAACAGGAUAUUUAAGAAGUUUAUGCCAAGUCCAAAGUUUAGAGAUGCUUUGCUUUUUAGAAAGUCAGCCGACAAAGAUGAUGGUGAUUCUGAAAAGGAUGGGUUUUUCAAAAGGCUUUUAAGAGAUAGCAAAGGUGAUGAUGAGCUUGGCCAAAAAAUUCGUGAUGCAUUUCAUUUUCGGAAGUCGUCCGAGAAAGAUGCCUUAGACUCCGAAAAGGACAGUUUCUUUAAAAGGUUCUUAAGAGACAGUAGGGACAGUACUAGAGGUGAUGAUGAAGAAUCUGAAAAGGAUGGUUUCUUUCAAAGGAUCUUAAGGGACAGCAGAAGCGAAGACGAAGAUGUGACCUCAAGUUCAGAAGGAUUUUUUAAGAAGUUGUUUCGGGACAAUAAAAAUGAUUCUGAGGACAGAACAGAUGCAAAAUCAGUGGAAGACGAAGAGAAAGAUGGACUUUUCCGUAAGUUUUUCCGGGAGAAAUUUGAAGAUAGGAAGGAUGUGCGUGAUAGAAAUGACAGUAAAAAUGUUGCUAUUUCUGAAGAGAAAUGUCCAAAACCCGAAGAAGAGGAUGAAAAAGAUGGGUUUUUCCGGAAAUUCUUCAAGGAUAAAUUUGAGGACAAGAAAGACACAAAAGAUAAAGUUGAAGAAGGAACUGCCAAUGGUGAGGAAGACGAGCCUUCUGAGCUUUCCUUGUUCAAAAGGUUAUUCCGUGUGCAUCCUGAAGAUGACAAAAGCAGUCCAGCCAAUGAAAAUAGCAACAAUGGGGGCUUAUCUCAAAGUAGUCCAGGUACAGAGAAUUUUUUCCGCAAAUUGUUCAAAGACCGUGAUCGUUCAAUUGAAGAUUCAGAGCUAUUGGGAUCAAAGAGACAGAAAGAGAAGCAUCCUGGGUCCCCAAUGCUACAAAGUGAAAAAUCGAGCACAAAGCCCCCAUUACCAAUUAAUCCAUCUCAGUUCCGGAGAGGGGCUUACCAUGACUCGUUGGAGUUUGUGCAGUCACUAUGCGACACAUCAUAUGGGUUAGUGGAUGUUUUUCCAAUUGAAGAUCGCAAGAGUGCUCUUCAUGAGUCGCUUAGAGAGAUCAAUGUACAUGUAGCAAAGGUUCAGAACACUGGAGGAGUCUGUUUUCCACUGGGAAAAGGCAUGUAUCGCGUGCUUCAUAUGCCAGUAGAUGAAGCUAUUCUCUUGAAUUCUAGGGAAAAGGCACCUUACAUGAUCUGCAUUGAAGUUUUGAAAUGUGAAAUGCCAAGUAAUUUUAAGGAGACAUCCAGCUCUCAAAAGCUUUCUCAAGGUGGAAUUCCUUUGGCAAAUGGAGAUGCUUUCUUGCAAAAACCACCCCCUUGGGCUUAUCCAUUAUGGACAGCACAAGAGGCAUACCGUAAUAGCAAUGAUAGGAUGUCCAGAUCGACUGCUCAAGCAAUUGACCAGGCAAUGACUCAUGUAUCUGAGCCAAAAUUUGUUAGCCUGAUUCUUUCGUUGGAAACACGGUAUAAUGGUCAGGCAGGGAAGACUUAUAGAGAGGGUGCACAUGGAGCAGCAGGAGUAGAGCAUGACAGUGAUCUGGAAUGGGUACGAGUAGUGUUGACAGCUGAUCCUGGGGUUAGAUUGGAAGAUAUUGAGGAUCAAGCACCGCCUCGGAAAAAGGAACAUCGCCGUGUUCCAAGUACAGUGGCAAUUGAAGAAGUAAAGGCUGCAGCAGCAAAAGGGGAAGCGCCUCUUGGACUCCCUUUGAAAGGUGCUGGCCAAGACUCAUCAGAUGCACAACCGAGGGCCAAUGGAAUUACCCCCAAAGCCAGUGAUGCCUUGUCUGGUGAACUUUGGGAGGCAAAGAAAGAUAGGGUACGCAAGGCUUCCAUAUACGGGAAGUUACCUAGUUGGGACUUGCGAUCGGUUAUUGUAAAGAGUGGAGAUGAUUGCAGGCAGGAGCAUCUGGCUGUUCAACUAAUUUCUCACUUCUAUGAUAUUUUCCAAGAAGCUGGUCUACCGCUUUGGCUGCGCCCCUAUGAAGUUUUGUGUACUUCUUCUUAUACAGCUCUCAUAGAAACAAUUCCAGAUACGGCUUCUCUACACUCGAUCAAAAGUAGAUAUCCCAACAUCUCAAGUUUACGUGAAUUCUUUGAUGCUAAAUAUCAAGAAAAUUCUCCAAGUUUUAAACUUGCCCAGAGGAACUUUGUUGAGAGUAUGGCUGGAUAUUCUCUGGUGUGCUACUUUCUACAGGUGAAGGAUAGGCAUAAUGGGAACCUCCUAUUGGACGAAGAGGGUCAUAUCAUUCAUAUUGAUUUUGGCUUCAUGCUUUCCAAUUCACCUGGUGGGGUUAAUUUUGAAAGUGCACCUUUUAAAUUAACACGCGAGCUGCUUGAGGUCAUGGAUUCUGAUGCCGAGGGUCUGCCAAGCGAGUUCUUUGAUUAUUUUAAGGUUUUAUGCAUUCAAGGCUUCCUCACUUGCCGCAAGCAUGCUGAGCGUAUUAUUCUUCUUGUUGAGAUGUUGCAGGAUUCAGGGUUCCCAUGCUUUAAAGGUGGUAUACGGACGAUACAGAACUUACGAAAGCGAUUCCAUCUCAGUUUAACAGAAGAGCAAUGUGUCUCCUUGGUGCUUUCUCUUAUUAGCAGUAGCCUUGAUGCUUGGAGAACACGGCAGUAUGAUUAUUAUCAGAGGGUUUUGAAUGGAAUAUUGUGA